GUUAAGGCUGAAAUGUCUCAGUUUAAGGAGUACAUCGAUAAACUGACGCGUGUUUAUGAGCGGUACACGGACUAUGUGAGGAGGAACCCAGCGGCGACGGCACAGCUGGAGAGCACCGUGCGGACCCUCUCCUACCUGAUCGCAGGUCGAUUCGCAGAUUCCCAUGAAAUAUCUGAACUAGUCUACUCUGCCUCCAACCUCCUGGUCCUGUUCAAUGACAGCAUCCUGCGUAAAGGCCUGAGAUGUUCCCUCCCUGUGCCUCUGUCUCAGCAGAGACUCCUGACCUGGCUCUCUGUGCUGGAGUACGUGGAGGUUUUCCUGGAGAUGGCCGCCGCUAAGCUGUGGGGGGACGUCGGGCGCUGGCUGGUCAUCGGACUCAUUCAGAUCUUUAAGGCAGUGUUCCGCAUCGUUCUUCUUCUGUGGUAUAAAUCUGGCAUCCAGACUUCACCUCCCAUCAUCCCCCUGGAGAGAAGUGCAGAGUUUGUCAGUGAAGAUGAAAGUAACGAGGAACCGGACGACGUCGGCUUCGUGGGUCAGAGGUCGGGACGAGUCAUCAGGCCUCUGGGCAGCGCCCCCCCCCUGCAGGCCCGGCUGUGGGGAGCACCGAGUCAGAGGAAGAGGAGGAGGAGGAGGAGCAGCCUGAAGGAGGCGCUCCACAACAAACCAACACGGCUCAGUCUUCAGGAGACGAUCGCAGAGUCUGUGUUCAUCGGACGGCCGCUUCUCCACCUUCUCUGCCUCGGACUCUGUGGGAAACAGUCGUGGAAACCGUGGCUCGUCUCCGGAGCCCUCGAACUGUCCAGCUUCGCUCUGCUCAGCGACGCCAAGUUCCAGAACCGGUGGGAGAGGACAGAGAUGAGGAGGAGAGGCUUCCUGCUGCUCUACUACCUCCUGCGCUCUCCGUUCUACGACAGAUACUCCAGGGAGAAGAUUCUGUUCCUGCUCAGACUCUUGGCCGAUCACGUUCCAGGAAUAGGACUCGUGGCUCGUCCUCUGAUGGAUUAUCUCCCCACCUGGCAGAAGAUCUACUUCUACAACUGGGGAUAAAAAGCCUCGGGUCCAGGAGAAAGGACCCGUCAGAGACAAAAGACACUUCCCCAGAAAUCAGAAAGGAAACCGACACUAUGAGGAACUUUGUUCUCCUCAGAAAUCAUCAUCACAGCUUUUCCUACUCAACAGUUUCUAAUCUUAGUUCGUUCAAGGAAACGUUUUCCUGCUUUCAGAGACUUUCGUUGUGAUUGAUUCACGGUUUCAUUUCAUCCUUAGCAGAGAAAAAGUAAUCGGAUUCUCACCAGCAGGCGACAAGAAAGAGUUUAACACAGCAGACGUUUCUUCAUCUUUAUUAACAUACUGAAUAAGUUUCUUCUUUUUUUUUUGUAGCCUACAAAUAAAUAAUUUUGAACAUUU